UUGCAAGGCCUUCCCCAGGCCCCCACUUGGUGUUGUAUAGCCAUAUAGCAAGCAGAAAUACCAAGUUGUGUGUAUGUAUAAUUAAAGCAAUUUUAUAUAUCAAUCUUCCGUUGGAAAUCACCUUGUCCGUCGUUGGUGAGAGAGAAAAAGUGUUAAAUACUUGGGGAUUCGAUGAUUGUGGGGUAUUUAUAAGUAGCCAAGCAUUUACUUUAAUACUUUUAGUACGUGCCCAACUCAUUCCCGGUGUGCAUCGCGGUGAGGAGUUACAUCUGUGGCAUCUUCUUGUCUUUCUUUCUUUUUUGGCAUAGUCCCGAGCAAUCGUCUUGUGAAGUGUUUUAUCGGCUGUUUUUUGCUGUAGUGUGGUGAUUUUUUUUUAUUUUUGUAAAAUUCUGUGAAUCUCGAGUUGGCGCAAAAAUGCCCGCAAACGGUCAAUUGAAUGUGGAUGUGCAGACAGUGGAGGACUUCCACAUAUCGAGUGGUUCAGAGAGUGCUGGAAUGUCCGAAGAAGAUGAAGAGAUCCUCCAAAGGGGGCGUGAUACAACAAAGUGUGGUGCAAUCAAAGAAGAUAGAAUGGUGCACGAUGUUGCGGUUGAGAGCAGCACCACCAAGAGGUACCACAGCCAGCCAAAUAGGACUCACGAGAAAUUCCUUCGUGAUUGUGUGGAUGAACUUCUGGAGCGUGCCAUUUUUUCUGGCACCGACAAAGCCAACAAAGUCCUCGAGUGGCGCAAUCCCGAGGAUUUAGCUGCACUACUUGAUCUGGAGCUACCAGCUGAGGGUUCCACAGAUACCCAACUUAUGGACUACAUUCGUCAAACGAUAAAGUACUCCGUUAAAACGGGACACCCCUACUUUGUGAAUCAACUCUUCUCCACUGUUGAUCCCUAUGCCCUUGCUGGGCAAUGGGUCACGGAUGCCCUCAAUCCCAGCGUCUACACGUACGAAGUGGCACCCGUGUUCACCCUCAUGGAGGAAGUUGUCUUACGGGAAUUGCGGAAAAUUGUUGGCUUCCCCAAUGGUGAAGGUGAUGGCAUCUUUGCACCAGGUGGCUCCAUUGCGAACGGAUAUGCAAUCAGUUGUGCAAGAUACAGAAAUAUGCCAGAUGUGAAGGCCAGAGGACUCCACGCAAUGCCGCGUUUGGUGUUAUUCACAUCCGAGGAUGCUCACUAUUCUAUUCAGAAGUUGGCCUCAUUUAUGGGUAUUGGUGCCGAUAAUGUGUACUCAAUACGUACAGAUGCAUGCGGUAAAAUGGAAAUGGAUCAUUUGGAAAGCGAGAUUUUGCGUGCUAAAUGCGAAGGUGGGCACCCAUUUAUGGUAUCAGCCACCGCUGGUACGACAGUUCUCGGGGCAUUCGAUCCGCUCACCGAAAUAGCCAACCUGUGUGAGAAGUACCAGCUUUGGUUCCAUGUGGACGCCGCUUGGGGUGGCGGAGCACUGGUUUCACCCAAAUAUCGGGCACUCCUAGCCGGAAUUGAAAGAGCUGACUCGGUGACGUGGAAUCCACAUAAAUUAUUGGCAGCACCUCAGCAAUGUUCGACAUUCCUAACUCGCCACCCUAAUCUGCUGAAGCAGUGCCACUCCUGCAAUGCUUCGUAUCUCUUUCAAAAGGAUAAAUUCUACGACACCAAAUACGACACCGGCGACAAGCACAUCCAGUGUGGACGUCGUGCGGAUGUCUUCAAAUUUUGGCUCAUGUGGAAGGCAAAGGGGACCCUGGGGCUGCAGCGACAUGCUGAAAAAGUCUUCGAAAUGGCGGAAUUCUUCACUGAGCAAAUCCGUCAGCGUGAUGACUUUGAGAUGGUUGUGGCCGAACCCGAAUGUACCAAUGUUUGCUUCUGGUACCUACCCCCAAGUCUCCGUUCCUGCCCACGCGAUGAGGAAUUCCUGACAAAAUUGCACAGGGUGGCACCAAAAAUUAAGGAGCGCAUGAUGAAAGAGGGCUCAAUGAUGAUCACCUACCAACCAUUGCGGCAGAAACCCAAUUUUUUCCGUCUCGUCCUCCAAAAUUCAUCCCUCGAGAAAUCAGAUAUGCUGCACAUAAUUAACAAAAUUGCACAACUUGGUGAGGAUUUGUGAGGCAUACACACACACUGGUGUAAAAUGAAUUAUUUAAGAGGGAAGUUUUCCAUCUCGCCUGUUUAUCACCAUGCAUAUUUUGAGAUAAUUCCCUCCCACAUGUUAGCUCGCCAAAACUUUUCUGUAAAUACGAAAUUUCUUAAUUAAUCCACAACCAUCCCCUUCCCCCUAUAUAUAAAUAUAUGUAUAAUAUAUCCUCAGAAUAAAAAGAUUAUAAAUAAGAGUGGAGGAAGAAGAAUUUUCUCUCGUGGAAAAAAAGAGAGAGAAAAAGUUUAUUUUAACGAAUGAUAAAAAAAAUGUAGAUGUGAAACGGAAUAAAGAUAUCCAUCCAAUCCA